CAUCUGAGGUUUCCUCCAAGGCCCUCUGGAGUCCAGCCCAUAAUGAAGGUCUUGGCGGCAGGAGUUGUGCCCCUGCUGCUGGUUCUGCACUGGAAACAUGGGGCAGGGAGCCCCCUCCCCAUCACCCCUGUCAAUGCCACCUGUGCCACACGCCACCCAUGUCACAGCAACCUCAUGAACCAGAUCAGGAACCAACUGGCGCAGCUCAACAGCAGCGCCAACGCCCUCUUCAUUCUCUAUUAUACAGCCCAGGGGGAGCCAUUCCCCAACAACCUGGACAAGCUGUGUGGCCCCAACGUGACGGACUUCCCGCCCUUCCAUGCCAACGGCACGGAGAAGGCCAAGCUGGUGGAGCUGUAUCGCAUCAUCGCGUACCUGGGUGCCUCCCUGGGCAACAUCACCCGGGACCAGAAGCUCCUCAACCCCAACGCCCUCAGCCUCCACAGCAAGCUCAAUGCCACCGUGGAUGUCAUGCGGGGCCUCCUCAGCAACGUGCUGUGCCGUCUGUGUAGCAAGUACCACGUGGCCCACGUGGACGUGACCUACGGCCCCGACACCUCGGGCAAGGACGUCUUCCAGAAGAAGAAGCUGGGCUGUCAGCUCCUGGGGAAGUACAAGCAGGUCAUCGCCGUGGUGGCCCAGGCCUUCUAGGCGGGAGGUCUCGAAGUGCGCCGUGAACCGAGGGAUUUCGGGAGCGGGAUCCAGAUGUGGGGGGCUCUCUGAGGGUGGCCGGGGGACAUGCUAAACCCAAAUGGGGGCUGCUGGCAGACCCCACGGGGUUCCUGGCUGGUCCACUGAGCUCCAGGUGGGCUGUGCUGGAACCGAGCAGAGUCGUCACUUCCAUGGGCAGGGCCUAUAGCCAGCGCCCACCCCAAGAAGGUGCCCCUUCCUCUGGGAGAUGCAACCACGGUGUCGGACUGGCAAGGGGGGUGUGGGCUGGACUUCUGCCCCCUCUUGUCCCCUUGGCCCAUUGCUCUCUCUGUGCAGUGAGCAAAUCUCACAAGUUGUCUACAGCAGCCCUGGCCACAGGGCGAGACAGCAGGGCUCAGGAGAGUUGCUGGCCCCAGCGAAUGACCACCACUGUGCCUUUGCUGACCUUGAGUAGACUUCGGAAGGCUCAGGGGGCACUCGAGUGUGCCAGAGGGGCUGGGAUCCCAGAGGACUCCUUGUCCUCUAGAUGUUUGGUGAGUGGAAGACACAGAAGGGGCCCUGUGGUGGGAUGCUGUCUUCUCGUGAGCUCAGUCCUAGGAACUGUCAGGUGGAAGGUUCUAGAAGGAGGUCACUGGUGUGCAGGCUUUUGGGGAGGCAGAAAAGCCACCUUCAGGCCUGGGAAGGAGGAGACCCUGGAAGCCUUGGCAGGCUCAUCUUCUCUUCCCUGCGGUCUUUCCUGCAGCCUGGGCCGGCCAGGGUCUGGCGGUCACCCGGAGGUGUGGUUUGUGCAGGUGGGCAGCGCAGGGCAGGUUGUGAAGGUUCUGGGGACACCCAGCAUCUUCCUUCUGGGCAGGGUCUGUAGGGGAAGGGCUGGGGUGGCUCAGAGCAGCGGCUCCCAUUCGAGGCCCACAGAGGCCCUGUGAGGUCACACAAAGGUACUUGAGGGGGACCAGAGGCCGUCUCUGGUCCCUAUGCAAGGGGACAGUAGAACUUGAGGUCAGGAUCUCAGGAAAGCCUGAGAUCCAAGAGUGCUGUGUCUGACCCAGCGUGAUUUCUAUUUAUUGUGAUGUCCUAUUUAUAUUAACUUAUUGGUGCUUUCAAUGGCAAAGUUAAUUCCCCUUCCCUGGUCCUUACUCAAAAAACAUCUUGUGCCGGCUUCUUACACAGGAGUCAGGGCCGGGGCUUGGCAAGUUCUGAUCUGGCAGCCGGUAAUGUUACAAGUAGAACACGGUGAAGCUCAGAGAAGUGUCAGGAUCUGAGAGAACUCGAGGCCCGGGUGGAGGUGGGGGACCCGGCUCCAUCCCCCCAUCCCCCCUGUGACACCCUUUGGAGGUGUCAGGGUCCAGGCUGCAGGGGCUGGGCCAGAUGCUGGAUUUUCUUGGUUGCAGGGGGCUGGUUCACAUUGUUCUCUGGCGCCCCCUGGCUUUGUGCCACGAGGAGCGUAUUCCUGGUUGAAAGGGCACCUCCAGCAGUGGGCAGGGCAGCCCUGGUGGCCUGCCCUGUCGCUGUUCCCUUGUCCCCAGGCUGCCUCUGAACUAGCAGUCAGGGGCCCUGGAACAGUCCGCAGCACCCAGCAUGCUCCCACGCGGCGGGGAAGCUCCUUCGGUGGCCUGAACACCCACGGAGGGCGUGGGGGCCCGGCUGGACCCCGGGAAGUCGGGGCAGUGUUGGGGAGGAGGCAAGCGAGGCCUGAGACGGCUGGGACUCGGACCAGGAAGCUGUGGUCCCUCCUGCCCCACCUCCCUCCCACUCCCACCCAUGUCUGGGCUCCCAGGCAGGGAACCCGAUCCCUUCCUUUUGCUGGGGCCAGGCAAGUGGAGAAACGCCCUCCAGUCUGAGAGCAGGGGAGGGACAUCGCUGCUCGGAGCAAGCAGUCUGAGCCCGGAGCAGGGAGGUCCUCCAAGUUCAGUGACAAGAUUGUGGUACUAAUUAGGGUACUUCACAUUCACUUUGCACCUUUCUCUGUUGUUCUCUAAGCACUUUACCUGGAUGGCGGGUGGGCAGGCCCUGAGGCCCUGGGUGGGCGUGGCAGGGUAGGAGUUGUCCAUCCCAACAGCAAGACUAAGAUGUGGCUGUUUAAACGUGGGUCCCCUCACCCUUGUCCAGGGUCGCAGAGGCUUGGCAUGGAGAUAGCUGUGCUUCCCCAAGCUGGCAGAAAGACACACAUGUCUGAAAGCGGGUCCUGCCCACACUCCUGUCCCCUUGCCAACCUGCAGAAUCGGAUGCUGUGCGGGGGCCCGCCUGGUGGCCCCCGAGGGCUCAGGAAGCAGAGCAUCUCCUCAUUAUCCACACAGCUGCUGGCUCCAUGACACUCUCCUGCCCAGCCUGGACUCAGCCCUUCGGCACAACCCUCAGCUCUGUCUAGACCCCGCCGGGCCCCAUAGCACCACUGAAUCACGGAGCCCUCGUGCGACACAGCCUUGUGGGCUGGGAGCUGCACUUCUGUUCAUUUUCAUCUGCUCUUGUUGGCCACACCUGUCCUUGGGCCAGAGGAGGAGGGAGGGACCAUUGGCAGAGGACAGGGCAGGACAGUCACUUUGUAAUUUAUCAAGAGACAAAUAUGGGGGCCUUUAUUUAUUAUUUAAAAAUUGAAACGAAAAAGCACUGCUAGUUUACUCAUCUCUCCUCCCCGUUCUCCUCGUCCUCCUCUUUGUCCCUGGCCAGGGGACGUCCACCCUGGCCCAAGCAGUCCAGUUCUGCUUUGCUGGCUCUGCAGAGGUGAUGUAGUGGGGUGGGUCGGAGCCCCGGAAUCCAGCGAGGUAGCAAUUUCCCUUCGGACGGUACAGAUGCUCCUACCUUAGACCCGUCUCCGGUCCCCACCCGACCCCGGUACCACGUGCUGGCCCGGUGACCUACCUUGUGGCCUUAGAGGUUUCCCUCCUGCCUUUCCGCUGGAAAGGACUUGGCCUUGGUUACAAUUUCCUCUUUGAUGAAUGUACCCUGUGGGGAUGUUUCAUACUGAGAGACU